AUGCGUGGAUUUAUUGUCUUAGCUUUGCUGGCGACAGCCCACGCAGAAUUGGGCGGUUAUAAUUAUGGAGCCGGUAUUGGAGGCUCUCUAUCUGGAGGCUCACUGUCUGGUGGCUCAAAUCUAGACUAUGUGUCCAACAGUCAGCCCGACUACUCCAGCGUCAACACGGAAUUCAACAAAGAGUUCUAUACAUAUUCAGCGCCAGAGGCAGAUUUCGAAGAUAACCGCAGCGUCGGCGACUUGGCUGCCUCGCUGAAGCGGAAUCUGCGCGUGCUCUUCAUUCGCGCGCCCGAAAACAAAGGACUGGAGAACGCUGCAGUGGCGCUGGCCAAACAGGCCGCCGAGCAACAGACUGCCAUCUAUGUGCUGACCAAGCAAGGCGAUCUCACCAGCCUGGCCAAUAGGCUGCAGAAUCUCAACCACGUGAAUGCCAAGAAGCCCGAGGUACACUUUGUCAAAUAUCGCACGGCUGAGGAUGCGCUAAAUGCACAGCGCACCAUUCAGCAGGAGUACGAUCGCCUGGGCGGCUCCUCCACAUCCUACAAUGCUGGCACUGCGCCCGUUCUCGACUUUGUCUCAAAGCAAGCGGUGCAACAGCAACAGCAACAGCAGCCGCUGCAGCUCGUGGACGAGCGCAGAGGAGACAUCAGCAUUGAGUCCACUGACAAUGUGGGUUCUCGUCUAUCCGAGCUGGAGGCGCCUUCUGCCUUUGCGGCGCCUAGUGCCACCUAUUUGCCUGUUAGCAAGGUCAAGUAGGCGUGGCCAAAGCUCGCGCUCCAGCAAAUUAGCCAAAUUGUAAUAGUUAGUUGUUCGUUAUAAAAUAGAAAUUUAAUUUUAAUGUG